UUUUUACUGGUAGCGCCUGGAAAGAAAAAAAUAGAAGUUUGUUGGUGACGGUGUACAUAUCAUCGAACGGAGACAGGUCGGGCAUUCCAUCGCGAAGAACAGGUGUGUGCGGUGGAGGAGCGAGAGCACACAGUUGAAUCCGUGCACACACGCGAAGCUAGGAUGGACGUGAAUGGGUUGGGAGAAGGGGUCGAGAGAUUGAAUUUAGGGGAUGCUCCGGAAGCCGGUGCGCUGGCAGCUGCUGUUGCCUCGGCCGCCGUUGGGGCCACGUCGUCGCCUGCUUCGGCUUCAGGGUUCUCGAAGGCUGUGGAAGAAUCCUCCUCCAACCAGGGAGGGCCUCAGGCACCGGGGAUUGCCGGUACUGUUGCUCACGAUAAAGACAACGACGUGGAGGGAAAGCUCUUCAUCGGCGGGAUAUCUUGGCAGACAACAGAGGAGGGCCUCAGACAUCAUUUCGGGAAGUACGGCACGCUAGCGGACAUUGCGCUUAUGAAGGACAAGUACACCGGGCAUCCAAGGGGGUUCGGCUUCAUCAAGUUCGAGGAUGUUACGGUUCUCGAUGAGAUUUUGUCUCAGGAGCACAAGAUUGACGGCAAGGUUGUGGAUGUCAAGCGCGCAGUACCCAAGAGCGAAGCGCCAGGCCCAUCCUCCAGGUCCAGCAGGCCAGCGGAGACCAAUAAGAUAUUCGUCGGAGGCCUGGCCCCAACCGUCAUGAUGGCGGAAUUCAGGAAGUAUUUCGAGACCUUCGGUGGCGUUGUUGAUGCUGUCGUCAUGUUCGACAGGCAGACGCAGCGCUCACGUGGCUUUGGCUUUGUCACUUUCCAGGAGGACGCUGUUGUCCACGAGAUUAUGAUGGGCACGCACGAGAUCAAUGGCAAGAUGGUUGAGGUGAAGCGUGCAGAACCCAAGGAGAACCGCAGCGGUCGUGCCCCUCGUGGAGAGUUCGCAGGUGGUUCUUCCCCUGCGCUAGGGGGUGGAGUCGCCGCGCCUUUCACAGGCACGAGGGGGCGGGCCCAACCCUUCGGUGCUGGUGGCCGCGGCGCGGGAGCUGGCUAUGGGGGAGGGGGCUCGUUCCCAUACAACAACGGUGGGGCUCCCUUUAAUGGAAAUGCGGCCGCCUCGUACGGCCAACAGCCAGCUUACGGUUACGCCGCGGCGGGAUAUGGGUACAACGGCCAGAUGUAUUCCGCUCCCACCCCCUACGGCUACAACGGCCGAGGGGCUGGGGCUGCCUACAGUGCCGAAGGAGGGACGACGGCAGGGUCGUUCCCUGUUACCCUUCCACCCCAGGCGGCCUAUGGGCUCCCGGAUGGCCAGGCGCAGUAUACGCAAGCGGAAUAUGCUGCUGCGAUGCGCAACCAGCAGCAGGCGCAAGCGCAAGCGCAACAACACGCGCAGGUACAGGCUCAGCAGCAGGCGCGAAACCCCGCAGAAGGAACAUACGGCAGCCAGCCCUACUAAUACAUUGUGAAGGGCUUUAAGAGCCCCAGCGUCACUCCUGUUCCACGUUUGAAUCAGCAGACUGGGUCAUUGGGGUGGACGGGGUUCUGGGAAAGGAGGAGUCUAAUGUACGAUGGGGAAGUCUAAGCUAUAAAUGCGAUUGAUGCUACGUGGCGCAUUUUUUUUCUCAAGAUGAGCCCCGAGGUUGGGUCUACGCCAGAACUGCUAAGGUUUACUGGCUAUUUUGCGUUGCGCCAGAUCGUGUUCGGUUGCUGUUGAACCGAAGAACAAAGGUACUCUGUUGCAGUAGUUGUACACGAUCGAUGGUAUAGUGUGGCAUGAAGUUUCAAAGUAGAACGAGUUUGGUGUUUGUGAUAUUUUGGGUGUGAGUAGGUUUGAAAGGGGUUUGUCGGCCAGAGCUGUAAUCGACGACAAAAGAGGCAUGGCCGCCGCCCGACCCGUCCGAUUGAGUCUCAGACGAGACUGGAUCUUCCGCGAAGGGGCGGCGGUAUUGCGCGCGAUCGCGCACCUUGGUGCAAUUCGCUACCCCAAAAUGGUUGUUUGCUGACCUGGUGCGUUUUGCUUCUGAACUGCUGACGUGCGCGCGAUGUCUCGUUUGAUUUACUCAUGUCUUCCGUGCGCCCUACGCAGUAUUUGGUGUUAACAAGACAAGACAAGGACAACAUACUUCACGUAAAAGUUGGUAGUUUUUCGGCAGUGCGAAGUCGCUUCGAUCUCUAUUUGUUCCUUGAUUGCAGCUCCUCAUUUGUGCCCCGCGCGAAGAGCAUGGUAGCGCCCUUACGGCAGCCCCGAAAUAUUUGGUAAACAGAGCAUGGUGGCGCCCUUAUGGCAGCCGGAAAAAGAGGAGUGAGCGGAUGGACUUUGUCUUGGAGGAAGCCUCACCGCGUUGCCGAGUAAAACAUGCAUACCUUUUUCAGUCUGGCAGUGACGGCACGUUGCCGAGUAAAACGUGCAUACCUUUUUUUGUACGGCAGUGACGGCGCGUCCUCACCGUCACCUCUUUGGAGAAGUAGCAGUGCCGUGCACCCUGAAGGGUUUUACCCUACCCGUGUUUGGGGUGGGUGCGAUUUGAGAUAGUGUUUUGUGUCAUGGUCAGGUAUGCAUAUGUAUACUCUACGCUGCUUUCCUUUGGAAUAGACCCAGGUAUGCUACAUAAAAAGCCGACUGUUGCAAGUGUGGUCUGCAGGGUUUUGAAUUCCGGGUAGGGUUUUGCAAGUGUCACAGAACUUGUCAGAAAAAUCGAGUAGGUGAGCAUGCCGCAGAAAACGGUUGUUGCGUUCGCAAGAAAAGUACACCCGAACCCGCACGUCGGCAUCGUUCGCCAGAUAUUAAUUGUUGCGCUGUAUUCCCCUGUAAGGGUGUUUGACCCUUAUUUCGUGGUAUUUUUCUUAUUUUCUACCUGUUCUUUGGGGAUGGUUCCACUCUGGAUGUACUGAGAUCGCAAAAAUUCGGCGUAGGGUCUUGAACUCACAUACAUAUGAGGCACGGGUUAGUACCGAACCCCAGGGCUCUUCUUUUAGGUGGCCCUUUGUACAUGCCCAUGUCGUGGUCGUUUGAUGCAUGUAGGCUCGAGCGGUCUGUCUCAUUUGGUGGCAUGAGGUACACAUCUCUAGCGACUUGCUCUGGUACCUCCGAUCACCAGAAGAGGGGCCGCCGGGUUGAGUCCGUGCUGAAAAUAUCUUCAUCUGGAUGUAAAUU